UGCUGAGUCUGCACUGUCACCUGUCAUAUGUUUUAUGCCAACAUUAUUUAUUUUAUACAUUUUGCAGAUUUUUGCAUUAUUAAUAUUUUGUACUAGUUAUUGAAAAUGUAUAUUUUUAUACCAGAGAAACAACAACUGGUCGUUAAAGAAGAAAUCACGGGUAUAAAGUUGAAACAACACCUCAACGUACGAUUGAAUCUAAUUGGAGACGAAUACUAUUUAAUUUGUAACGGAAGCUUAGUAAGAGACGACAGUUUCGUGAACAAUGGCAUCGUGCAUAUUGUACCUCGCCUAUUUGGCGGGAAAGGAGGAUUUGGGUCAAUGCUCAGGGCUAUCGGGGCCCAAAUCGAAAAGACGACCAACAGAGAGGCGUGCAGGGAUCUUAGUGGGAGGCGCUUGAGGGACAUUAAUGAGGAACAAAGAUUGAAAAACUGGAUCAACCAACAAGCAGAACGAGAAAAGGAAGCCAAAGAAAGGAAAAAGAAAAAACUAGAGAGACUAUGUGAAAAACCUAAACAUGAGUUCCAGGAUGAAGAGUAUGACAAAGAGAGGUCUGCACUCCCUGAAGAAGUGGAGGAUGCAGUCACUCAAGGACUUCAGGCUUCCUGUAGUGGAAAAAGGAAAUCUGAAGAUACCAAGGCAGUGAUUAAGAGUAAAAAGAAGAAGACAAAGUUAUGGCUUGAUGCAGAGUUGGAAGACAGUCUGAGUAGCAGUGAUGGAAGUGAGAGUGAUUUAGAACACAAAACUCCAAAAUAUAAUCUUUCUUCAAAAGAAGAUGCUUCUAGUCACAGUAGCACAGAACAUCAGAAUCAAGAAAGCAAAGUGAAGAAUGAUACAAGUAACUCUAGCAACAAAAACAUACAAGAAAUUAUAUCAACAAGUCACGAAGAAAAAAAGGAUGUAAAUUCAUGAAUUUUGUGUUUAUUGUUAGGCUUAUAUUAAUAUUGUCAAACCAGUUUUCAAUAAAAAUAUUUUUAUAUAUAAGUGAAAAUAAGUAAUCUUUCUCACAAGGUGUAAGUUCAGCCGACUUCCCACGCAAUAUUGUCAUCAGUUCUGAGAAAAAAGUUAGUUACAACAAAAAAGCAAAUAACUCUCUUCCUCCCGCUGAGAGAAAUUCCUGCG